AUGUCGAGCAGGAGGAGCGUUGGGGAUCCUGAGUGUGUAUUUUCUUUUGUAAACCAGUAUUUAACCAGGCGCAUCCCUCAGAAUCCCAAAUACCAACAUAUAAAAACCCGUCUCAAUACUGGGCACAGUUUGACAAAAUACACUGAGAAGUUGGCAAAAGUCAAAAGAAGUUACAGAUAUAGAAAGGAUGAGCUGUUUAAAAGGCUGAGAGUGACCACUUUUGCCCAGUUGGUCAUCCAGGUUGCCUCUUUAUCUGAUGAAAUCUUAGAAGUGACAAACGAGGAGAUCCCCAAGCUGGAAGAUGGUGAUUCUGCUGCUCCACAUCCAGAUGCUGAAGUCACAGAAGGGACAAAUGGGAAAGGAAGCCCUGAUAGGACACCCAGUCCAGUCCUGUUCCUAAACAAUGCAGGGGCUGGGGUUUCCUAUCGCUCCACACUGCAGAGUGUGAUAAGUGGUAUUGGUGAACUGAGUAUACAGGAGGACACUCCAAAGAAAGAAGAAACUGAGGCUAAAGACACACCUUAUCCUGAUUGCCCCUUCCUGCUUUUGGAUGUACGAGACCGCGACGCAUACAACCAAUGUCAUAUUAUUGGAGCUUAUUCCUACCCUAUUGCAAUGCUGUCUAGAGCCAUGAAUCCAUACUCAAAUAGUAUUCUGGAAUAUAAAAAUGCCCAUGGGAAGAUGAUAAUUCUGUAUGACAAUGAUGAGAGAUUAGCCAGCCAGGCCGCAACAUCUAUGUGUGAGAGGGGCUUUGAGAACGUCUUCUUGUUAUCUGGAGGUCUAAAGGUCCUAGCACAGAAGAUCCCAGAAGGACUCAUCACAGGCUCGCUCCCUGCAUGUUGCCGCAUAACACCUCCCUCUGGAUCUGCCCAGAAGAAGACCUCUCUGCAGGUGCCAUUCACACCAGCUGAGAAUAGAUGGAGAUUUUCUGAAGAUAAUCUACAGAAGAUUAAAUACUACCUUGAAGAGGAGCACAUUCCUUCAGACACUACCAGCCAUUUUAGCAGUGGCUCUUCAGGAUGCAGCUUCAAGGCAACAGCCAUGAGGAGCAGCCCCAGUCUCCCCAGCACUGCUGGCAGUGGGGGAGUCCUCAGUGCCCACUCGUUCGGCAGGAACAGCGUCCAGAACAGGCCAUGGAAAUAAGCAGCAGUGUCUUAUGCCACUGAAUAAAUCUGGAAGCAAGAGCUGGUA